AUGGCAUCGCCCCUCGUUCUCAGUCCGCGGCCCAAUCCGCCAGGCGCGCCCAUGUCUGCCAAUAGGACCAAACCCCUCGCUCUCCCCAGCCACACGACAAAGCCCGUCAAGUCGCCCGCGCCCCCAGCGCCGACUGCCGUCGCGGGCGAUGGCGGCAUGGACCUCGCCGAGCAGAUGAACGAACGCGUUCGCAGCCAAUUCGUCAUGGGCCCGCGCCUGGGAGAGGGUACCUAUGCCGUCGUGUACCAGGCGCACUACCGCGACAACCCCAAGCACAUUGUGGCCAUCAAGAAGAUCAAGUUCAACGCCGAGUACCCCAACGGCAUUGCGCCCGACGCCAUUCGCGAGAUGCAGUUCCUGUUCGAAAUGUCGCACCCCAACGUCAUCAAGCUGCACGACGUCUUCUCGACCAAGGAGCAGAACCUGUCGCUGGUGCUCGAGCACCUCCCGCUCGGCGACCUGGAGAAGCUGUGGAAGAACAAGGAAAUCACAUACACAAAGGCCGACAUCAAGGCGUGGAUGAACAUGCUGUGCCAAGGCAUCUGGUUCUGCCACGAGAACUUUGUCCUGCACCGCGAUAUCAAAGGCAGCAACGCCCUCAUUGCCGCCGACGGCACCGUCAAGCUGGCUGAUUUUGGUCUUGCGCGGAGCUUCGCCGACCCGGGCACCAAAAUGACCACCAUGGUCAUCACGCGCAUGUACCGCCCCUUGGAGCUGCUCUACGGCUGUUCGCACUACGGCGGCACCGCCGACAUGUGGAGCAUAGGCGUGCUCAUGGCCGAGCUGUGCAAGCGCGACUGGUUCCUGUAUUCCGACACCGACAUCCGCCAAGUCAGCGUCAUCUGCGAGAAAUUCGGCACCCCCACCGAAGACACCUGGCCAGGCGUCUCGGCGCUCCCUUACUACGUCGCCCCAGACAAGCAGACAGGGCCCCAGGGCACCACGGCCUUUCGACAAACCCGCCCCCGCAGCUGGUGGAAACAGGAGUUCCCCACCCUCGGCGACGACGGCUGCGACUUCAUCAGAGGCCUCCUCACGCUCGACCCCCAAAAGCGAUAUACCGCCCGCAAGGCCCUCGAGGACAAAUGGUGGACUAAUGCACCCCGCCCAACCAAAAAGGAAAAUCUACCCAAAGAAGGCGGGGGCCCCAAAGCCAUGGGCGACGAUCUCAAGCGUAGAGGCGGAGAGACGCCUAGUAACGGACGGGCAGACAAGGUUGCUCGCAAGCUCGAUUUUAGCGCAAUGGGGUAG